AUGAUGUUCAUGAUGGAGCAGUAUGCCAACAAUUUGGAGAAACUGGUAGCUGAACGAACGGGAAUGCUCGAAGAAGCAAAUAUCCGAGCUGAUAAAUUGCUCUCCCAACUACUGCCACCAUACGUUGCGAAUGAGCUGAAGCUGGGGCGAUCAGUUCCGCCAAGAUUAUUUGAAAUGGCAACAGUGCUAUUUUCGGAUAUUGUCGGCUUCACAACCAUCUGUUCUGCUUCAACGCCACUCGAAGUGGUCACUAUGCUAAAUGGCUUAUACAAAGGAUUUGAUGAAUGCAUCACCCGUUACGGCGCUUACAAGGUUGAAACAAUCGGCGACGCAUACAUGGUUGUUUCCGGGAUUCCUGAAGAAAACGGAACUAAACAUGUUCAGUGUAUAGCUGAUGUAGCGCUCGAUAUGAGGGAAUAUUUGCAAGACUACCGCGUGCCACAUCGACCCGAAAAGCUACAGUGUCGUUGGGGUUUUCAUACAGGCCCUGUUGCUGCCGGAGUUGUUGGACUGACCGCACCUCGCUACUGCUUGUUCGGUGAUACGGUUAACGAAGCAUCACGAAUGGAAAGCACAGGACUACCCGGAAAGAUACAAAUCAGCUCGGAAGCAAGAAACUUUCUGCUUAUUCAUUAUCCACUUUAUAUUUGCCAAGAACGUGGAAAAGUUGAAGUUAAGGGCAAAGGAUUGCUUCUCACUCACUGGCUGGAAAAGAAAUCGAGCAAUCAAGUACCAACACUUAAUAUACCUUUGUGA